UCUGAAUGCAUUUCUUCAGUGUUGUUUAAAAAGAAUUUAAGCUUUAUUGAAAUUGUGCUGAUUUCGUGCUAAUUUGAAAAUAUAGGUUUUCAAAUUAUUUGCUGCAUACGUAAAUAAGAAAGAAAAAUGUAUUUCAUUUGUUUCUGAGGUGCUGCUGUGAAUUUUUAUUUUCUGUAGCGGUGUAUACGUUUAGGAACUUUCCAAUGUUUCAACAGGGCAAGAUAUCAAAAGAGACUUCCUCAGAACGUGAGAAGAUUGAGUCUUGGCUGGAAGAACACCCCCAGUUUGCCUAUGACUACUUCGUGCGAAAGGCCUCUCGUCAAACGGUGGCGUCAUGGCUAUUGUUGCACUCUGCUCCGAACGGAAUGGUCCCAAAGAACUCUUCUUCAAAAUCUAGUUCCAUCAAUCUGAAUUCAGAUACCGUCACACCUGUCCGAAAAAUUUCGACUCACGAAUUCAAAAGGAAUGGUACUCUGAGACCCAUCUUGCCCACUGUAAAUGGUAUCUCGAAUUUUCAGAACUUUCAUCUUCGAAAAGAUACAGUUCAUAACUGCAACAACCAUAUGAGACGCAAGAGUAGGCAAGAACUUCGAGCCCUCGAUGAACAAGAACUGAUCUUCGAAUUAGUGAAGGACAUCUGCAACGAGCUCGAAAUCCGCAAUCUUUGCCAUAAAAUCCUUCAGAACGUCAGCAUACUCACCGACGCCGACAGAUGCUCGCUCUUCCUGGUCAGGGGAGAGAAAGGAGAUCCUAACAGGUGUCUCGUGAGUCAGUUGUUUGACGUAUCUUGCUGCUCUACCAUGGAACAAAUGCAACAAAAGGACGAAAUAAGGAUUCCAUGGGGCACUGGCAUUGUGGGCUACAUUGCUGAAAGUAGGAAAUCUCUCAACAUAUCAGACUGCUACCAGGAUGAUCGCUUCAACAGCCGCGUGGACCAGAAGACCGGCUACACGACUCGCAACAUGUUGUGCAUGCCCAUCCUGGACGUAGACGGCGAGGUGAAAGGUGUGGCGCAGAUCAUCAACAAGUGCGGCGGGGAGGAACCUUUUACGGACGCAGACGAGAAGGUUUUUUCCCAGUAUUUACAAUUUUGUGGUAUUGGUCUUCAUAAUGCAGAACUAUAUGAGAGGUCUCAGUUAGAAAAUAAGCAAAAUCAAGUACUGCUAGAUUUAGCCCAUAUGAUCUUUAGGGAACAAAGUACAACUGAGAAUAUUGUAUUUAGGAUUAUGGCUCAUGCACAGUCUUUACUGCAAUGUGAAAAAUGUCAGAUUCUUUUAGUGUCUGAAAAUGCAAAGAAAUUUUCAAGAGUUUUUGAUUUGAACAUUAAUGAUAUGAAAGCUGAAGAUCCUGAAUCUAGAAAGUGUUCUUUUGAAGGUCGCUUUCCAAUAAAUAUGAGAAUCACUGGCUAUGUUGCUACAACUGGAGCGACUUUAAAUAUCCCUGAUGUUCGACAUGAUGAUAGAUUUGAUUCAUCAGUGGAUGGAUGCAAUGGUUUUCAUCCCUAUUCGGUGCUUUGCAUGCCAAUUCGAAAUGCUUGUAAUAAAAUUAUUGCUGUCUGCCAGCUUACCAACAAAUUGAAUGGAACUCCAUUCAACAAAAAUGAUGAACAUCUUUUUAAAACCUUUGCCUUAUACUAUGGUAUGGGUAUAGAAAAUACUCAAAUGUAUGUGAAAGCUGCAAAGGCCUUUAUAAAAACUAAAGUCAUACUUGAAGUUUUAUCAUAUCACACAACUUCUCCAACUGAAAAAGCAAAGGCUUUGAAUAAGUGUAUUGUACCUUCAAUGUGUAUAUACAGAUUGCAAGACUCGAUGUACAAUGCUUUGAGCCUUGACAAUGAAGACACGUUGAAAGCUUCUCUUAGAAUGUUCACGGAUUUGAAUCUCAUUGAAAAAUUUCACAUAAAUUAUGAUGUCUUGCGUCAGUGGCUUUUGAGUGUGAGAAAAAAUUACAGGCCAGUGGCUUAUCGCUACUGGAAUCAUGCUUUCAGUGUUAAUCAAAUGAUGUUUUCCUGUCUUAUGAUCACAAAGCUCUGGCAUGUAUUUGGAGAAGUGGAAACUUUGUCUCUUAUCAUUGCCUGUCUUUGUCAUGACAGAGGAACAAACAACUCAUUUCAAUUAAAACCAUGUUCCACUUUGGCCCAGCUGUACUCAACUUCUACAAUGGAACAUCAUCUUUUUGAUCAAUUUAUUAUUUUAUUGAAUAGUGAGGGAAAUCGAAUUCUUGAUAGUUUGUCUCCUGAUGAAUAUUCAACUGUUGUGAAUGUGAUUGAAGAUGCAAUUUGGGUGACAGAUUUAGCUGUCUAUUUUAGAGCCAUGUUAAUGAUAGUUUGUGGUAUUGCUGCUAAUACUAAGCCAAGGGAAAGUCAGAGAACUGUAGCAGAACUAGUUGCUAGUGAAUUUUUCCAGCAGAGUGAUAUUGAAAGAGAAAAGCUAAGAAUUCAGCCUAUAGACAUGAUGAAUUGUGGCAAAAAGAAUGAAUUACAAUUGAUGCAGAUCCUGUUUAUUGAUUUCAUAUGUGCUCCCAUUUAUGAGGCAUUUGUAAAGAUGUAUGAUAAACUGCAACCCUUGUUGGAUGUUGUGAAGCAAAACAGAGAACAAUGGCUAAAAUUGGCAAAAGAAAAAAACUCCUGGAAUCAUCAAGACAGUUGAAUUUUACAUUUUUGCCGUAAUGACAUACGUUUACAAUACAAGGCUGUGGAAACUAUGUUCCUUUAUGUCCAAAUCAUUCUAAUAAGUAACUUACUCUAUGACAUUAUUUUGUUGGCCACUUACUUCACAACACGUACUACACUCCAAAGACUUUCCAUGAUCAUAUUUCACAGGAUGUUCACCUUCCUUUGGGUGUUGGAAAACCAAUGAAGUGUUUACAAAGGAUUGUGAAUAUUUACUAUUGAGUAUGAUUUAUUACAUGCUGGUGUUUAUUACAUUUAUUACAUACUGGUGAUUUAUUACAUGCUGGUGAUUUAUUACAUGCUAGUGUUUAUUACAUUAUUAUAUGCUGAUGAUUUAUUACAUGCAUUUCUUCAUGGGAGGUGGAAGAUACUUUUCAUAUAGCUGAGGCUCUAAGUUUUAGAAAUUAAGGUUAUAGAGAGGAGAUUCAGUGGCAUUUUAUAAAAUUAUCUUUAUUAGCCCUAUGAGCCCUGACCGCCCGAUAUCGCCAUGUUCGACAGGAGCCGAACUCGGGGCUUUAUGGCUUUUAAAUGAGUGCUCGUCGAGAAAUACCUUUCCCCCCUUUAACUCAUUUGAAUUUAUUUAACCGCCCCAAAGUGCCUGCGUCAGACCCCUAUCGAACGGGGUCGAUAUCGGGCAGGCAGGGUUCAUAAGGUUAAAUUGCAAAAUGAUUUAACCAGAAUGCUUUUGGGAAGAAAAAACUUUUUUCUAAAAAAAGUGAAUUAUUUCUUUAGCAGUUUGUUUUAAUAAAUUGCUCAAUAGUAUUGUUUCAGUAUUGGCCAGCAUUCAGUAUUUUGAGCAGUAUCGUGGAAAUAUUGUAUAUCUUAUACAUGCUAAAUGGAGUAGUAUCAUUAUAAAAUAUUUUAAGAAAAAUAUAUUGCUUCUAUCAAAUGAAAUACAGAGAUAGCUUUUUAUGUUCCCAUUAAUAUGUUUCAAUUAGUUUUAAAUAAUGAGUGUCAUAAUAUUUAAAUAAUUUUGAUUUUAUAUCCUAGAUUCAAAGUUGAUCUUAAAUGAAUGUUUUUGCAUUUUCCUUAUAAGCUGAAAAUAAUUUUUCAUAAUUGUGAAAUAAAAUGCAUUGAUGGUUUGUCUUGAACAAGCCUCGGAACUUCCGGUCAUUUGUAUUUUGUUUUAUCAACUUAAUAAAAUAUUAUUUUGUUAUUUAUAAAAUGCCUGAUCCUAUAAUAAAAAAAUAUUCAGAUUGUG